UGUACAUAUAGGCAUUUACAUAUAUAUCGUAGCAAUAGCAAUAAUAGCGAUCAGUGCCGAACAGUCUUUCGAAUACCGCGUACUCAAAAAAUAAUACAACUCGUUUAUAUGUUGAGUCGGGCUCUAUAAGCUUUGUAAUUCACGCGCUGACAAAAAGCUACCGAUUAAUUUAUUAACAGGUUUGAUGCGGGACUCAAACUGAAGUGAGUGCAGAUCUACGUGUGCGUCUGGUGAUUAUAGUUUUCAUACAAUUAUUGUCGGUUGUUGCAUAGUUUUACAAGAUCGCUAAGAAUUUAAUUCGAAUAAUGAGUAUCGAAUGAUGCUUCUAUAAUAGGAUUGGAAAAGAUUUUAAUAAAUUUGUACGAGGACUAUUGUUUACACUAAGAGCUGGAUUCUUGCACUAUGCGCAGAUAGAUUAUUUGUAAGAGUAACAAUUUCGUAUAUAGAUCAUCGAAAACUUUCAACGAUACUGUGGUACGAGUUGUUUCCUGAUAACAAUAAUAAAUUCUUAAAAUCCCCAAAAUAAAAGAGUGUGAAUUAAACUCUUGAAAUAAGUCAAUUUCACGCGUAAAGUGCUCGGUGUACUUGCGUACUUCUCAGCACAACACGUCUCGAAUUGUACAUGAAAUGUUGUCAGUUGAUUAGUUGGAUCGCAUUAAUUAAUCAUUCUAGUUUCAACUGAAUCAUGAAUCGAGUUGUUAUACCAGAUUACACAGUUCCAGCGGAUUUGGAAAAAGUUUUAGUUAAUCACAUAAAGAGCUACAAUGGCAUGAACAAUGAUUCGCGCUUGUAUUUACAAGUUUUGUCAGCUCUGAAGAAUGCUACAAGCAUCAACAUUUCGGAGAGCCAUUACUUGACCUUAUUGAAACUGGCGCUCUAUUUAGAAGAGCAUCAAUGCAACGUGGAUAUGAAAAAAUACGAGCGGUCUGGCAUAAAAAUCAAACGACCAGACAGCCAACCAACUAUGUUCCAAAUAAUCAUUGAAGAAAUCGACGAAGAAAAACCUUGGAUAAAACAGAAUGAUCUCGUGGAUGUUAUUGAUAACGCAAGUAAUCUGCUUUACACGUUGAAAGUUAUGAACAUUCAGCAGAACAAUAUAAUCGCCUAUGAUGAAAAUGCGAUCUUGGAUGAAACUUACACUGCCGAUAAACUUUACAACGUUAAAUUUCGAUUUCAAAAUUAUUCCUUGAGAUGUUGUCAUUUCGCUUUGUCACGAAUUCUUCAGCAAAAUGUGACGACGUAUUUGUUCCCGUACAAAUGGAAAUCUUUUAUUAUAAAGAACCCGAGUAUUUACAAUGAUUUCACAGCAGUUAAUCCUUCUAUCUCGAAGAAUUCUGAGCAAAAACAAGCUAUCAUUAAUAUUAUAAACCGAUCUUCAUUUCCUGCGCCAUACAUCCUUUACGGCCCGCCUGGUACCGGAAAAACAGCCACUUUAAUUGAAGCUAUGUGCCAAAUAUAUAGUAGUUUUCCAGAGCGACGUGUCUUAGUUUGCACGCCGUCAAACACUGCCGCAGAUGAGAUUGCGAGAAGGUUGAUUAAAUAUAUUCCUCCUGAGGAUAUCUAUCGAUUUUACAGUCAAUCUAAAGACGCCUCAACCAUCGAUGAACAAUUGCGCCCGUGUUCUAAUUUUGAAGGAGGACAAAUAGCUUUUGUAAAGCAUGAAGUUCUUGAAAAGAAGAGCAUUAUCAUAUCUACUUUGUGUAACUGUAUGAGAUUGAUAAUAAUGAGACUGAGCCCUAAUUAUUUUUCAUACGUAAUUAUUGACGAAGCUGGGCAGUGUAUAGAACCAGAUCUUCUCAUUCCCGUAAGCAUAGUGAGUAACGGUGGACAACUUUGUAGUCAAAUUGUUGUGGCGGGCGACCCACAACAGUUGGGACCAACAGUUAUAUCAAAACUUGCUGCAAUUGUUCUUGGAAGAACAAUUUUAGAAAGAUUAAUGUCUUAUGACAUUUACCAAAAAGAUCACAAUAUGAGGUACAAUCCUAGGUAUAUUACGAAGCUCCUUAUAAAUUACAGAAGUCCUCCAAGUAUUUUAUAUCUUUCCAACCACUUGUUUUACGACAAUGAACUUUACUCACAAUUUCACAGUAACUGUGAAAAGACUAUUUUUCCUAUAAUUUUCCAUGGAGUGAGAGGAAAAGAAGAAAAAUAUUUCUACUCGCCUAGUUCUUGCAAUCACACAGAGGUCCAGCUAGUUUUAGAUUACGUUGAUAAAUUAAUUAAAAAUAAAACAGGUUUGGACUUAGGUUUAAUUGAUCCGGACGAUAUAGGCAUUGUUACACCUUUUACUUUGCAAAGUAAAUUGAUUAAAAAAAAGCUUAAUCAUAAAAAGUUGGAGGGAAUUAACGUUGGAACGGUCGAGUUAUUCCAAGGACAAGAAAGAAAGGUUAUGAUAAUGACAACCGUCAGAAGCAAAACUUUUUUCCACGACGGCCAACGGCAUAUUGGAUUUCUAUCAAGCCCAAAACGUUUCAAUGUUGCUAUAACGCGGGCUAAGACUUUACUUAUCGUGAUUGGGAACCCAACUGUUUUGCAAAUUGAUUACAAGUGGAAUUACUUAUUAAAAUAUUGCAUGGAGAAUAAGUCUUACCAUGGUGUCAAAUUUUCUUUACGUCCGGUCGAUAAUAAACAAAAUAAUAAAAAGCUGCAUAUUCUCGAAUCUUCGACGUUAUUCAGAUCAGACAGUGGAACUGAUUUAUUACAAUCUUUAUGCGGAAUUUUCUUUCCUGAAAUACCAGUUAUUUAUAAAAAAGCAUCAACAAAUUGCCGAAUAUCCCAAGAAAAUUACAGCUACCAAUAUAACCAGAAGAAAUCAAGCAGUUGUACAAUUCUUUAGUCAUUUUAUGUAUCUGUUUAACAACUUGCACGAUAAUCUACUUUAUAAUGUAUAUUCAUUUUGAAUUCGUUUCAUGACGAUAUACUAGAUAAUGUUUUUGCUAUUAUUUAUGAUAAAUUUAUAUUUCACAUAAACUAUUUAAGGCUCGGUACCUUUCUCAAAUAAUAUGAUUGUUAAUAUGUUCGUGACAGAGAAUAAUUGAUGUAUUGAUGCGUGCUUUUGUUAUUCAUUGUAGUACUAAUAAAGUAACAAAAUUUAACAAAAA